AUGCGGGUGUUGAAGAUAGUGCGCCUCCUUUCCUUCGCUUUGAGACUGAUUGCUGGAGCUCUGGUCGAUAUUCGCAUCACUCACGUCCGUGAUCUUUCCUUCCUCGAAUCUCCUGCUUCGUCAAUUUUGGUUUCCUUCCUCGCGACUGCCGAUCUGCCACAAUCCAGGAACAAGAUCGAGCCGUUGCAGAAGGUCGAGAGCCACCCGAACGUCUGGACAAACCUGCAUCAUAUUAUCAGGAUGCCUUCGCGGCAGAAUCGAAAUGAGGACAUAUUCAUGAUCAUCAACCUGCUUCGGUUUUACCGGGAAGUGUUCAACAGUGAAAAUCCUAUCUUGGUGUUUCUACCCAAUUCCCAAUCUAGCAGAUUGGGCAGGCCGGACUACAACGGCAACUUAUCACGUGCUUCACAAUUCACCAAAUACUCGAGGAGCCCGACUCUUCGAUGGCUCUCUAACCAAGUUUCUUCCUUGCUUUCGGAAUUUUUCAUGGCACGCAGACAAGCCGGGGAAAUCUAA